UUCAGCCAUUAUUCCGUGAUGGUGACUGCAGGCGGUUUCAUGCAAAAGUAAUCCCGCGACAAAGAAAACCUGGAUUUACGGAGUUCAUUCUUGGUCUCACAGUAGAGGGGCAUUCAGCACCUGCAUCCCGCUGCUUUGGUCAUUUACGUAACCUUAGGUGUUGUAGUUGUAGUUUGUGUAGUAUUAUCCUUUUUUUUAAAGUUGUGUUCAGAUGACGGGACAGGUAGACUACCUGGUGGUGUUUUUCACCACCACAGCUGGCGCAUGCGGAGAGCUGCUGGGAUCUGACGAGAAGGAGCUGGUGCAGUUGGUUUGGCAGCUGGUAGAUUUAAAGAACAAAACGUUGGGCAGGGUGAAUGAGCUCCUCAUCAAGCCUGACCUCUCAGACUUUACAGAAGAAAAUGUGAAGGAGGAUGUGGUGGACAACAAGGAAACUGAGAAAGGGUCUGGAGGGGAUUGCAUAUUUACAGUUACAAGUAUUGACACAGCGUUAAGCAUGUUUGAUCUUCAGCUGAAGAAUGAGGUGAACAAUGCGGGCGCAGGCACGUCAUGGUGUUUGUGUACAGACGGGCAGCUCCAUAUCCGUCAAGUGAUUCACCCAGAGGCGGCAAGCAAGAACAUCCUGGUCCCUGACUGCUUCUACUCCUUCUUCGACCUUCGAAAAGAGUUCAAAAAACACUUUCCUUCAUCUGACCUCAAGGCUUCGAAUGUGGGCAGCAUGGCUGAAUCUCUAGGAAUACCAGUUGAAUCCCCCCCUGAAUGGGAACCCUUAGGCACUCAAGAUCCAGGGACCAUUGUGCCUGUACAGCAAGUCCAGCUUAUGGCCAGCAUUGUUCUUGCACUGCUUUCUGAGCAUUCCUGCAAUGCGUUUUCAAACCCGGAGAGGGUUAACGAGAAGUUUGAGAGUGGCACUUGCAGCAAGAAGGAGAAAGUGUGCGACAACACAGUGAUCAGAGCCAGAGGGUUGCCAUGGCAGUCCUCCGAUCAAGACAUUGCUCGAUUCUUCAGGGGCCUCAACAUCGCCAAGGGAGGGGCUGCACUCUGUCUCAAUGCUCAGGGGAGGAGGAAUGGAGAAGCACUUGUUCGUUUUGUCAGUGAAGAACACAGAGAUUUGGCACUUCAGCGGCACAAACACCAUAUGGGCAACCGUUAUAUUGAGGUUUACAAAGCAACUGGAGAAGACUUCCUGAAAAUAGCUGGAGGUACAACUAAUGAGGUGGCGAUGUUCUUAUCACGUGAGGACCAGAUCAUAGUGAGGAUGCGAGGACUUCCUUUUACUGCCACCUACGAGCAGGUGCUUGCAUUCUUCUCGCCUAAGGACGGGCUGAACGAGACAUGUCCGGUUAGCGGAGGAAAAGACGGCAUCCUAUUUGUCCGCUACCCAGAUGGACGUCCCACUGGAGAUGCUUUUGUUUUGUUUUCUUGUGAGGAGCAUGCCCUGUGUGCUCUCAGAAAACACAAGGAAAUCCUGGGGAAGCGAUACAUAGAGUUGUUUAAAAGUACAGCAGCAGAGGUGCAACAGGUGUUAAACAGAUACUCUUCGACACCUCUAAUCCCUGUGGCCCCAGCACCGCUGUUGUCCAUGCUGCCCAGUGUAUCUCUCCUGCCGCCCCCUGGAUGUGUCAGGGAUUGCCUACGGCUGAGAGGGCUUCCUUAUACGGCAAGCAUCGAGGACAUCCUUGCCUUCCUGGGCGAGUUUACACACGAUAUCAGACCACAUGGUGUGCACAUGGUGCUCAACCAGCAGGGUCGACCCUCGGGCGAUUGCUUCAUCCAAAUGUCUUCACCGGAGUGUGCACUACAAGCCUCACAGCAGCUUCACAAGCAUGUCAUGCCCAGCCAGCGGGGGGCUAACAGUCGCUAUGUGGAGGUGUUUCCCUGCAGUGCCGAGGAGAUGGGCUUGGUUCUGAUGGGAUGCUCUCUGUCACACAUGCAUACACAAACACAUUCUAGGAGCAGGAGUGGGACAGGGCUCAGCCCACCGCCAUGUAAGUCUAGACGUUUAUCUCCUCCAUCCUACUCCUUCACCCCUGUUCCACCUGUCUUGCCAGAGGCUGCUGCUCUUUACCCUCCUAUUGGCCAGGUGUUGCUCACACCCCGCCCGCUCCCACCUGGACAUGCCUACUACCCUUCGUCAGCUCAGCUGUACAUGAACUACACAGCAUACUACCCCAGUCCGCCUGGCUCACCUACAACUUUAGGUUUCUUCCCUGCCCCCUCUUCUCUCUCUUCCACGGGAGGGUUGGUAAGAAUGCCCGGCCUUCCCUAUAAUGGAAAUGGAGUCAAAGACCUCAUUAACGCGGUCCAAGGAUACCAGUACGCUCCUGAGGAUGCACUCAUGCACGCCCAUGGGCCCGUGCACUCUCACGACCCAGCCAGGACUUUUGUCACGCAGCCCAAAGAAUGGGUGUGCAUUUGAGAUGUCAGGCAGGUGGCAGGUUCCUGCAGAGUCCGUUUCUCUCCUGAGCAGCAGCCCGAUUGGUCACUCCAGCGGAACAGACACCCCUUUCAUGUCCAUCCCCACUUUCAUAACCAAACUGGGGGGCCAGUAUUUGGAUCUUACCCUGCUGUAGGGUCACACAAAUACAAAUUGUCAUGUGACAAUUUGCUGUGUCAAAGACAUUUGUUGUAAUAUUCUUUUAGAUUUGUUAUUUAUAUCUUUAGAUAAUAAAAAUAGAUGUAUUUUAUACCAAAUUCACUGUGGCCUUAGCCUAAAUAAUAGCAAUUAUUAUCCUAUAUUGCACAAUCUUUAUUGUAAAAGCUUUAUAGAUCAUUUUUUACAGCAGUUAUGUUACUGUAAUCAUGUUUGUUAGUUAAAGUAGAGAAAAAUGAUUUGGUACCAACUGAGCUAAAUCUUUUCUUUAAGCUUUUCUGUGAAGAGUGAAAAUGUAAGUGUGACAAAGGUAAGAAUGAGUUGUUUUACUACGAUUCAGAUGCAGUAAACUGUGUGUUUGAUGUACACUUGACAAAGCACAGUUGUUGUACUGAAAGCUUUAGUGCAUGAAGAAGUUUAGUAGAAAACUUUAAGAUGUUUACAUGAUGCCAAAUAUAAAUGCACUGCUUAACAGUCAUACUGGAAAACAAACAAACAAAAAAUAGCAGUAUCUUUGAAUGAUAGCAUUUGUUACUUAGAGUUAGAUUUUUACAUCAUUUACAAAACUGUGACAUCUCAUGCUUCAUUAACUUGAGCCUGUUUUCCGUCUUUGGUUAAGCUUCCCUGUUGUGUCCUGACGAUGAGUUUUGUUUCAGCUUGGGAAGAAAACAGACUUCUUGGUAACCUAUCUGCAGAAUUCUUCCAGAGAUCUUGAGUAACAAGUUUGAUUAAAAAACUUUUUAUUUUGAAUUGUUUUUUAGAUUUACCUUUUUUUAUAGAUAAUGACAAAGAAAACACCGGAGAUGUGUUUGGCCUGUUUUUGAUCUUUGCAAAAGUUGAAAAGAAAACGCUGUUAUUGUCAUUUGUACCUUGCAAAAAUGAUGUAUGUACUCUGAACAUCUAGAGUUGCUGUUCUAUUAUGAAGUGGACACUAAGAAAAAAAUCUACUCUAAUAAACAUUACAUGCUAAGCUGUGAAGCCUCC